AUGUCCGGUAAGGAAGAGUACGAAAUCCAGGACUUGGAGAAAAACCAACGUCUCCCAUCGGAUCUCUCCGACUACGAGUCCACUCCUGUUGUGGAGACUGCUGAAAUCACUCAGCUCUCGUUCGUCGACAGAAUUGCCGCCAAGCUGAAUGCCGAGACGAAGGGUAUUGAACCUGUUACUGAUGAAGAAAAGGAUGACCCUUCCAUCUGGAGUGCCGCUUCGAUGUGGUUUUCGGCUAACAUGGUCAUCGCUGCCUACGCCUUGGGUGUUUUGGGCCCUGUUGUCUGGGGAUUGAACUUCUGGGAGAAUGUGAUUGGGUCUGUUUUCUUCUCUAUUUUGGGUUUGCUUCCAGUCGCUUUCUUCUCUGUUUUUGGUGCUGAGUUAGGUAUGAGACAGAUGGUUUUGUCUCGUUUCCUUUUGGGUAAUGUGACUGCAAGAAUUUUCGCCUUGAUCAACGUCGUUGCAUGUGUUGGUUGGGGUGCUGUGAACACUAUUGCUUCCGCUCAACUUCUGCACAUGGUUAACCAACAUGGUGCGAGAUGUCCACCUUGGGCUGGUUGUUUGAUCAUCAUCUUCUCUACCAUUAUUGUCACUUUCUUCGGUUACAGAGUCAUUCAUGCGUAUGAGAAAUGGUCCUGGAUUCCAAAUGUUGCUGUCUUCUUGGUAAUCAUCGCUCGUUUGAAGAUAUCAGGUAACUUUACCACUGGUGAGUGGGUCGGUGGUGCAACAACUGCCGGUGGUUUCUUAUCGUAUGGUGGUGUUGUUUUCGGUUUUGCUGCAGGUUGGACUACCUAUGCUGCGGACUACACCGUGUACAUGCCAAGAGACACCAACAAGUACAAGAUUUUCUUUGCUCUUGUUGCCGGUUUGGCUUUUCCCUUAUGUUUUACUCUGAUUUUGGGUGGUGCUUCAGCUAUGGCUAUCUUUACAAAUGACACCUGGGCUGAAUACUACAACAACGAUGGUGUUGGUGGUUUGGUUUAUGCUAUUUUGGUUGAGGACUCUUUGCAUGGUUUUGGUGAAUUCUGCUGUGUUCUACUUGCCAUGUCCACUGUCGCUAACAACAUUCCAAACAUGUAUUCUAUCGCCUUGGGUACACAAGCUAUGUGGGAGCCACUAGCGAAAAUUCCAAGAGUAUUCUGGACCAUCGCAGGUAACCUUGUCACCUUGGCUAUUGCCAUUCCAGCUUAUUACAAGUUUACAACAUUUAUGUCCAGUUUCAUGGAUGCCAUCUCAUAUUACUUGAGUAUUUAUAUUGGUAUCUCGUUGAGUGAGCACUUCAUUUACAGAAGGGGUUUCAAGGGAUACAACGUCGAUGACUGGGACAAAUGGGACAAGUUACCUCUAGGUGUCGCCGGUUGUUGUGCAUUGUUUGUUGGUUGCGUAGGUGUCGCAGUAGGUAUGUGUCAAACAUACUGGACUGGUGAGAUUGCAGCCUACAUUGGUGAGUAUGGUGGUGACAUUGGAUUCGAACUUGGUUUCGGUUUCUCCGUUAUUACCUACAAUAUCAUAAGGCCAUUCGAAAUCAAGUACCUAGGUCGUUAG